AACGCGACUGGGAAUGUGUUGUCGUCACACCCAAAGCAGCAUGUGGUAGUAGCUUGCUUAUCUGGAAUAGACCAGACGCCUAGCCAAGCUACAGUAACAGAAUUAGGCUUCUAGAAAGUCCUGGAAAUGACUGGGCAUUUCCCCAUCUGAGUUUGGUUAUUUCAACAUACCUAGCAGACAGAAAACAGACUGUUAAGCCACUCACUUGGUGGAUCUCUGUCUGAUGAUGGAAAGUUGACUUUGCUAGCUAGCUAGUUAACUGGUCUCUUAACUAAAAUGAAGUAUAUCUAAUAGCCAACUGUCUACGGCGUGGAGACAGAAAUUGAACUAGCAACAGGAAGUAAGCUGUCUACAGCAGUGGGAACAGGAAGUGGCUGGCUGAGGCUGACAGCCAUGCUGUGUUGGGGAAACACCUCCUUUGGUCAGCUUGGCUUGGGUGGGAUUGAUGAAGAAAUCGUGGUGGAGCCCAAGGACUGUCCAUUCUUUAAGGGGAAGGUGGUCUGUGAGGUUGGCUGUGGCCUUCGACACACAGCCUUUCUGUUGGGGGAUGGCUCUGUGUAUACUUGUGGCUGUAAUGACCUUGGGCAGCUAGGUCAUGAGAAAUCCAGGAAAAAACCAGAACAGGUGGGAGCCCUGGAUGCUCAGAACAUCGUGGCCGUGUCCUGCGGGGAGGCUCACACCCUGGCGCUGAAUGACAAGGGCCAGGUGUUCGCCUGGGGUCUGGCCUCCGACGGGCAGCUGGGCUUCACCGGCGCAGAGGAGUGCACCCGGGUUCCUCGAAAUGUCAAGAGCUUGUCAGAAGUUCAGAUUACCCAAGUAGCGUGUGGAUUCCGUCACUCCCUUGCUUUGUCGAAAGGAGGCAGUGUGUACUCUUGGGGUCAGAAUAAGUACGGACAGCUGGGGUUGGGGUCUGUUGACGCAAGCAAGGCCUCUCCCAGUGUCAUCCAGUCACUGCUGGGAAUACCAUUCGCACAGCUAGCAGCAGGGGGCGCCCACAGCUUCGCGCUUACCCUGUCCGGAGCAGUGUUUGGGUGGGGACGCAACAAGUUUGGCCAAUUGGGCCUAAAUGACAAUAACGACAGACAUUUUCCUGUCUUGCUGAAAUCACUUCGCUCUCAGAGGGUGGUGUACAUCUGCUGUGGAGAAGAUCACACGGCUGCUCUGACAAAGGAGGGAGGAGUGUUUACAUUUGGGGCCGGGGGAUAUGGUCAACUGGGGCAUAACAGCACAAACCACGAGAUCAACCCCCGCAAGGUGUUUGAGCUCAUGGGAAAUGUAGUUGCACAGAUUGCCUGUGGUAGGCAGCACACAUUAGCAUUCGUCCCUUCCUCUGGAAAGAUUGACUCGUUUGGACUUGGAGGAAACGGGCAGCUUGGCACUCGAUCCACAUGCAACAGGAAAAGCCCGGCUCCAGUGAAGGGCACCAGGAUGUUAAACAAUGGUCCCAGUGCCCUGAGCACAGGUGGUCCUCAGUGCUUCAAUGUGAAGAGAAUAUUUGCUGGUGGAGACCAGAGCUUUGCCCACUACUCCUCUUCUCAGAAUUCCAUGCUUAUAGAUGUCCGGGUACCUGACCCUGGCAAACACCUUUUUACACUGAACCCCGAUAUUAUUCAGCGUUGGCUGAGUCAUGCACAAGGACGACUGCCUCAGGAGAUUGCCAAUGAGAUUGAGACCGUGUUCUCUUCUGCAAGUUGCCUCAAUGGGAGCUUUUUGUCUGAAAGCCAUCCGGAUCAUUACAACACGAGCAGCAGAUGUUCAGGAGUGGACAUGAAUGCAGCGCGCCUCCUGUUUCACAAGCUGAACCAGCCCAACUUCUCACACAUCACACAGCAGAUUGCUGCCAGUUUAGAGAAGGCCCUUAUCCCCCGGCUCCUCAGCUCUCCUCCCGACAUCGAAGCCCUGCGCCUCUACCUCACGCUGCCUGAAUGCCCGCUGUUCCACGACCCCAACACUUUCCAAACCCUCGCUAUCCCAUUAGGCAAGGCUGUCAUCAGCCUGAAACCGGCUCCACUAAAGGUCCUAGAAAAUUGGUGGUCCAAACUUGAGCCUCCAGUCUUCCAAAGACUUGUGGACCUGUACAAGGAGGUGGUGGUGAACCUCUUGAGGAUACAGAAGAUUGGCAUCGCCCAUUCAGAGCACAGAACGCUCACCAGCUUUCUGCAUACUGCCCUGAAGUUCCUGGAGAUUCUGCAUGUUGUGAAUGAAAGAGCGGGUCAUAUCCUACAGUAUGACCGAUUCUACAUUCAAGAGUUGGGUGAGCUCAUUGACAUCAGAGGUGACUACAUCAACUGGAUUCAGCAGAUGUACUCAGGGGUACUGGAGUAUCCUCUUACCAUGUGCAGAUACCCAUUUGUAUUUGAUGCCCAAGCCAAAACCGCCUUGCUACAGACUGAUGCAAUGUUACAGAUGCAGAUGGCAGUAGACCAGGCCCAGAGGCAGAACUUCUCGUCCCUCUUCUUGCCUGUGGUGGAGUCGGUGGACCCCUGCCUGAUGCUCAUUGUCAGGAGGGAGAACAUCGUGGAGGACACGGUCGAGGUCCUCAGGAAGUCCAAAAAUGUUGACUACAAGAAGCCCCUGAAGGUGAUUUUUGUUGGGGAAGAGGCGGUGGAUGCAGGAGGUGUUAGAAAGGAGUUCUUCUUGCUUAUAAUGAGAGAGCUUCUUGAUCCUAAAUAUGGAAUGUUUAGGUACUAUGAGGAAUCGAGGCUAAUCUGGUUUUCCAACAAGACAUUUGAAGACAUAGAUUUGUUCCAUCUGAUUGGAGUCGUCUGUGGACUGGCCAUCUACAACCUGACUAUCGUGGAGCUGAACUUCCCUGUGGCACUUUACAAAAAACUGCUGAAGCGGAAGCCAACAUUGGAUGAUUUGAAGGAGCUCAUGCCUGAUGUUGGAAGGAAUUUGCAGCUCCUGUUGGAUUACACUGAAGACGAUGUGGAGGAGGCCUUUUGUUUGAACUUUGCCGUCACAGUGGAAAAUUAUGGUGCAACAGAAGUAUUUGAACUUAUCCAAGAUGGUAUGAACAUCAGCGUGAAUAAUUCAAACAGGCAGGAAUAUGUUGCUGCAUAUGUGGACUACAUUUUCCACAUGUCCGUAGCAGAGCUGUUUGAAGCAUUCUUCGCUGGAUUCCAUAAAGUCUGUGGAGGAAAAGUUCUUCAGCUGUUUCAACCCAAUGAACUCCAGGCAAUGGUCAUUGGAAACACAAACUAUGACUGGAAAGAACUGGAAAGGGGUACUGAAUACAAAGGAGAAUACUGGCGUGAACAUCCAACAAUAAAAUACUUUUGGGAAGUUUUCCAUGAGCUGCCUUUGGAGAAGAAGAAAAAGUUUCUUUUGUUUCUGACCGGAAGUGACCGUAUCCCCAUCUUGGGAAUGAAGAGCCUGACUCUGGUCAUUCAGCCGACAGGAGGGGGGGACCAGUACCUGCCUGUGGCACACACCUGCUUUAAUCUGCUGGACCUGCCCAAGUACAGCAGCAAAGACGUGCUAGAGGCCAAGCUUAUGCAAGCCAUCAAUCACUACGAGGGCUUUAGCCUGGUCUGAGAACCUCAUUCAAAUCCACUGCGAAGAUCAUACAGACGAUGAAUAAAUACCAAGGCCUCAGAUCGCCAGAAAAAAGGCUGACAAAGGUCUGACCUACAACACAUCUAUGCUUUAGCAUUUAAGGCAUUUUUCUUUUUUGUUUUCCCCCUACUUGCCUGCCUGAAUUCUGCCAAAAGGAUGAGAAACGACACACUUUUCUGAAUGAGUGAAUGGACUCUAUUAUACAAUGCAGUAUUCCCACCCAUCUGUUUAAAAGCAAAUGCUUUGUGCUUCAGGACAUUAAUGGGGUUUCAAAAAUGAGCUUAAGUAUUUCAACAACCACUUGUUUGUAUUUUCAGUAUCCUUUUUGAUUUUUAUUAUUGAUAGAUAUUGAAAGCUUCCCACGCAAGUGCACCAACUUCAGUGAAUGAACACUAUUUUCACAUUGUCUUAAAUCAAUGGUAAAUUAUACAAUGAAUUAUCUCCCCCCUCCCAGUAUUUUGACAAAUAAUCUGUAGUGAAAGGAAAUGCAACAGCAUUCAAAUGAACAUUUUAUUCCAGCUUCUAUUUUGAAAAGGGGAUGUAAAACUAGAUUCUACAGUUGAAAAUAAACCAAGCUCUUGAGUGUU